UCUAAAGAAAUAUGCACCAUACACACAAUAAAAUGGACAAAUACCUAAAAACGAAUCAUGUGCUUGCAUGUGUGAUUAAAUAUCUAAUGUAAAUAUAAAAGUCUACCAGAUUUAACAUUCACGCUCCAAGAUGAGUGGUGUUAUCGAAGAUAAUUUCAUUGGCAAACUGCUUGUUGAAAUGAAAUCAAAUUUCAAUAAAUCAACAGCAAAUUGCACGGAAGAUGUUUCUGGUAAAAUUGUCAAGGAUAAAAUUGUAAAAGUCGUUCCUAAACCACAAAAAGUAGACGAAAAGGAAGAGAAAGGUGAUACUGUUAAGAAGAUUAGUGAUUUAAAAGUUCAAGAUAAAAUGAAAGUUCAGAAAAGAACAAAAAGCUGUGAAGUUGAAAGUGUCAAACGUUUAAAAGUGACUUCACAAAUUGUGCAAUCUUUUAAAAUGCAAGAUGUUCAAGCAGCAGAUAAUGAUAUUAAUAGCACGACGACUUCUGGAAUUGAUUGUGAGAGUGAAUCUUCAAAUAUAUUAUCAAAGGAGUUGAAAAAUAAAGAGGACAAAGAUAAAUUUUGUGAUACAAAUGCUGGCUUAGUUGAAAAAACGAAUAAAAUGGAAGAUACCAGGGAUGUUAAGGAGUCUGUUUCACCAGGACGACGUUCUUUGAGGCUCAAGACUUCUGCACCAGAAGUGAUAAAAGAUGUUGAUGCAUCAAAUAUUAAAAGAUCUCCAAGGCGCAGAUCAAAAGAAUACAGUGAUAGUGUUUUAGCAAAUGCUAUAGCAAGAAAAGAAAAAUCAUACGAAUCUUCAAAUCCACAACCCCGGCUCUCAAGAAGAAUUAAACCUACAGCUAAAAUAUUAGCUAAUAAAGAAUUACGUUUGGGAAUUGAGAUGCAAAAUGAUGCUAGAUCAUUAAAUAAUGAUAUUUGCAAAUUAAAAUUCAAAGAAAAUGAACGAAUUAGUAAGGCAAAAUCUGAUUCUGGAAUUGAGUCUGUAAUAAGUUCAGGUUCUGAAGAUAAUGAAAUUCUCAAUAACAAAAAUAAUCUAAAACAAAUGCAGGAGAAACAUUUGAGCAUAUUAGGCUUAAGGGCUGUAGAUAAAAGUGAAGAUGAUUUUGCAAAAUAUGAAAACACUCAAAUUUUGAUGGAUACUGGAAAUAGCAGUAUAAGUCCAACUGAUAGAAACCUAAGGCGGAGUCAACGAGAUCGCACGAAAAAAUCUGAUAAUAAAUUGGAUGAUAAUUCAGUACUGAUGAAAGAAAGUAACUAUAAGAAGUAUUUUAGGAAAUCUAUUAUUCCACAUAGUAGUUCAUUUGCUGAAGGCGAUUGUGUUAAUGAUACAGAUAGUAACUUAUUUACCUCAUCAAACUUAGAAGUCGAGAGCACUAACGAAAUGCUGGACAAUAAGAAGAUAGAAACAGAUUUGAACAAGUUUGAUAAAAAUGAACCAAUGGAUUUAGAUUGUACAAUCAAUAUAAGCAACAAAUCAUAUAAAGAGAGUAGAAAUGAUAUACAUGAUGGUACAGAUAUGCUGUGUUUAUGCCAAAAGAGGAAUAAUAUUUUUAUAAAUUUGGAAAAUAGAUUAGGAAAUAUUUACUGCGGUGCAGUAGACUCCAUAGACAAUCGAUUUAUUGGUUGUUCCAACAGUCUGUUAGACAAUGGCGUUCCAGUUGAAAGUAAUAGUGAUGUGAUGUUACUGAGGGCUAAUAAACACUUACCUUACAUUAUUAUGUGUUCUAAUCAUGUCAGCAGAUUUACAAGACAUUUAUCUUGUUCUGGCUGUGGUGCAUUUUGCACACAAGGAAGUUUUGUUAUAUGCAACAACAAACAUCUUUAUCACAGGCAAUGCAGUAUUAUGAAGAAUAACAAUUCCAUAUGUCCCCAUUGUGGAAUUUUAUCACCAAAUUUUAAUAUUCAACUUCAAAUAAAGAAAGGACAUAAUAUGGUGUUCACACCAAACCAAGAUGAUUCAACUAUUUCUGCUAGAAUGAGUUUUUCAAGUGAAUGUAACAUGAGUAAUUCUGCAAAAUUCAGCAAUGAUUUCAAGUCAAGACCACGUACGCCGCCAAUUUUGAGUCCAGAUGUUGUAUCUAUGUUGGCUAAUAUGAAAUAUUUAGAAAAUAAUCAUGAUAUAGGCAAUGCUGAUGAACUUUCGAAAGCCAUCAAAAGGAAUAACUGUGAGAAAGUAAUACAGAUUUUAGCUGGAAAUUUGGACAUUAAUAGUAUAAUGAACGAAUCUACCCAAUCCACUGCAUUACAUCAAGCUUGUGAAUUAGGACAUAUUGGGAUUAUACAUAUAUUAGUUGUAUUAGGUGCUGAGAUAAACGUUUUUGACAAAUUCCAGAAGACUCCAUUAAUUUGUGCAAUUUUAAGUGAUCAGCUUGAGGCAGUGCAAUACCUGAUAAAAGCUGGGUGUGAUUUAUCAUUAAAAGGUCCGGAUGGUAUGACCGCAUUACACCUGGCUGCUAAAGAUGGUAACUUGGAGGCCUGUAGAUUAUUGGUGACAUCCCCUAGAAUGUCAUUGAAACAGAUAGAUUUACUUGAUGAGGGUGGCUGGACCCCCUUGGUUUGGGCUGCUGAACAUGGUCAUGCUUUGGUGAUAAGAUACCUUUUGGAGUGCAAUGCUGAUCCAUUUAUCUGUGAUUCUCAACAAAACAUAGUAUUGCAUUGGGCAGCUUUGAAUGGAAAUCAUAAAAUAACUGAAAUGUUGCUAGAUCGAGGAUGUGAUAUCGACAGCACUAAUGUGAAUGGGGAAACACCAUUACAUAUUGCCGCCAGGUAUAAUAAUUAUCAAUGCGCUUUAAUAUUGAUAACUAGAGGGGCAAACGUAAUGAGUAGAAAUUGUGCCGGUGAAACCCCACUUGAAAGUUGCGAAAUUAUUGACGGAGAAUGCUAUAAUCUUAUCAAAAUUAAUGCUCAAUUACAAAAAUAUGUGCCCAACAAUAGAAGAAAUAUGGUUAUUGCAAAUGAUAUAUCGCGGGGAAAAGAACUAAACCCUAUACAAUGCAUCAAUACUGUUGAUUCAGAAUGCGAACCGAGAGACUACACAUAUACCACUAACCUGUACAUAACUUCGAAUGAAAUUCGAACUACAAUUCAUCACGAUAAAGUUAUUGGCUGUGAAUGUUCUGAUAGAUGCUCUGGAAGUAGUGAGAAUAAUUCUUGUUGUUGUUUAUCUUUGAAUACUAGGUGUCUAUAUGAUGAAGAUGGCAGACUUUUGCCUGAUUUUGAUUUUGAAGAUCCGCCUAUGAUUUUUGAGUGCAAUGACAAAUGUUCUUGCAAUAAGAUUACCUGUGUGAACAGGGUUGUACAAAGAGGUGUUUCACAGCGACUAGAAUUGUUUCGAACAGAAAGUUGUGGAUGGGGUGUUAGAACUCUAAAGGAUAUUCCCAAGGGAGCAUUUGUUGCUGAAUACACUGGAGAAAUUUUGACUGAUUUUGAUGCAAAGAGAAGAGAGGAUGACAGUUAUUUGUUUCACUUAUAUCAUUCAGAAUCUGAAUCAUACUGCUUAGAUGGUAGGCAUUAUGGCAAUGUUUCACGCUUUCUGAAUCAUUCUUGUGAACCCAAUGUUUGUCCAAUACGUGUUUUCACUGAUCACCAGGAUAUAAGAUUUCCACGAAUAGCUUUCUUUGUUAAUAGAGAUGUAAAUGCUGGAGAAGAAAUACGUUUCGAUUAUGGCGAUAAAUUCUGGGAGGUGAAACAUAAUGAUUUUAUGUGUAUGUGCGGCUCAGAACGAUGCCGAUACUCGGACAACAUGGUGUUAGCAAAGGAUAGUAACAAAUUGAACAGCUAGAUUUGGAAUUCAGUCUUAAUUUGAUGAAUACAUAGUUAUAUGAAAAUAUAGAAAGUUUUCCAUUUUCAAAAGUUUUCAAUGGCGCAAGAAUGUUUUUGCGCUUUAUUGUGCCCUCUGGCGCAUAUCUCUAAUCCAGGGAACGGUUAUUUAGGAAACCAGGUAUUCUAAUUAGCUCAAAUUUAGCUUGCAAUACUAACUAUAAGUCUGAUUUAGUUAAUGAUUA